AUGGAAGCCAAAGGAUUGACGAUGGAUUUUGAUUGGAAAUGUGCAGUAAGACAGUUUUUCAGUGCAUAAAAUUAUAGUGUGCUGUAUUAUCACCUCUCAUGAUAAUUAAACAACCGUUAUAGGAAAUCAACUUUAGGACCUGAAAGAAGAUGAAGAACAAAUGGGAAAAGGUCAUUCAGAGAAAGAGCAUUCGGAAAAAGUACAUUCAGAAAAAGAGCAUUCAGAAAAGAACAUUGAGAGAAAGAGCAUUCGGAAAAAUAAUAUUCAGGGAAUGAACAUUCGGAAAAAGAACAUUUGGGAAAAGAACAUUAAUCGCUGGAAUGCAGCUGGAACAAGAUCUCGUACAAAGUUGUUAAGUUGUCAACUUUAG